AGCUACGUUGCGCGGCAACCGUGUAACCGUAAAGCAAGGCGGCGCUCCCACUGUCGCAGUGUUAGCUGCUAGCUGUUCCGCUCCUGAAUUCGGCCCGAAAGUCGUUCCAAACUCGUUUUUUCGCGUUUAUACGUCAAGCUGGGUUGAUUAAAAUGGCAGAGAAGUUCGACAACCUGGAAGAACAUCUGGAGAAAUUCGUCGAAAACAUUCGACAGCUGGGGAUCAUCGUCAGUGACUUCCAGCCGAGCAGCCAGGCAGUUCUAAACCAAAAGCUAAACUUCAUGAUUUCCGGGCUGCAAGAUAUCGAGAAGUGCCGCCAGCAGCUUCACGAAAUCAACGUUCCUCUGGAGGUUUUUGAUUACAUUGAUCAGGGUAGGAACCCUCAGCUGUACACCAAAGAGUGUCUGGAGAGAGCGCUGGCCAGGAACGAGCAGGUCAAAGGGAAGAUAGACACCAUGAUGAAAUUCAAGAGCCUUUUAAUCUCUGAGCUCAGUAAAGUGUUUCCAGAGGAGAUGGCCAAGUAUAAAGCCAUACACGGAGAAGAUGCUCCCCCCUAGAAACAGCUAUGGUCCCCCCACACUCUCUGAAAUAAACCUGUUUGGGUUUACACAGCCUGAAAACAGUCGUCUACAGGUCCCCGUUUAAUCUGGAUAGUGAAGAGACGCAUCUCUGCUCUAAGUUCAUUCAUCUCUAUUUGACCAGGACAUUCCGCUGACAUUAAAACCUGUUUACCAGUGAGGUUUUUAACACUAAAUCUGAGGCUAAACCUUCAUGUCAAUGCUGAUGCGUGGACUCUACAUCAUAAACAUUUUCUCAGCUCUCAACACACAAAAAGAGUCAACCUUUGUGUUCAUACUGUAUAUAUAUUCAUACUGUUUUUUUGUAAAACAUUCUGCACAGAUCACACCAGAACAUCUCAGGGUUCUGUCGACUUUAAAGAUUGAAUCCCAGUUUUUUCUAUGUAAUUUUGUGCCUGAGCAAGUUCAGUCUUGUGUUGUAAACAUUUUUAUGCACUCUUUGUUAAUAAAAUGCCCUUUUGACGGGA